AUGGAUAAUUUCGAUGAAAAUGUGGGAUUAAAAGCUCGCCAAAAAUAUUUAAGUGCUGGUAAAUCUAUUGAUCUUAUUGGACACCUGCACUGUGAUGUUUUUAACCAGGACAAAUUUCUUAUCAAUGGUGUGGAAUUGAGACUACGACUAGUACACUCAAAAGAUUUAUUCUGUCUUAUGGAUGGCACAAAUGGCUGUAGUAUAAAUAUUGAGGAAGCCUCACUAAUUGUGCGUCGAGCAAAAAUUAGUUCCGGUAUUCUAUUAGCGCAUGCAAAAGCUCUAUCGCAUGGUACUGCAAAAUAUCCUAUUACACGUGUCGAGGUAAAAGCUUUGUCUCUACACUCAAGCGUUCACUCUGAAACGCUUGAUAAUAUUAUUCUCGGUCACAUGCCAAAAAGAAUAAUAAUUGGAUUUGUGGACAAUAUUGCAUUUAACGGAAACGGAAACAAAAAUCCUUUUAAUUUUCAAAAUUAUAAAAUCAAUCAUCUUUCACUUUAUGUUGAUGGUACUCAGGUACGUUAUAAACCACUACAGCCAUCAUUUGGGGAUAAGAAGUUGUAUGUCGAAGCUUAUCAAACGUUAUUUAGCGGAACUGGUAUCCAUUUUCUGAACGAAGGAAAUAAUAUUGAUAGAGAGAAUUAUCCUGCAGGAAACUGUCUGUUCGCCUUUGAUCUUACACCUGAUCUCUCAGCAAACUGUUACUCUCACUGGAAUCUUGUAAAACAUGGUAGUCUCAGAAUUGAAGUACGAUUCGAGGACGCCUUGACUAGUACUAUUAAUUGUCUUGUAUAUGCGGAAUAUGAUAAUGUUCUAGAAAUAGACUCGUCCAGACAGAUUAUUGUCGACUUUAGCGUUUGA